AUGUCUGGAACCAUGGUGAGCGCUUCCACUGGUGCUAUGAACUCCCUCCUUGGUAAACUCACCGCACUGAUGGGUGAGGAGUAUGGCAAGCUCAAAGGGGUCCGGAAGGAGAUGAAGUCUAUGGAGGAAGAAUUCAGAAGCAUGAAGGCCCUUCUUGAGAAGUUGGCAGAUAUGGAUGACCUCGAUGCUCCAGCCAAGGAGUGGAGGAACCAGGUGAGAAAUAUGUCGUAUGACAUUGAAGACUGCAUUGAUGACUUCACACACCACUUCGAAAAGAAUGAUGCAACUAAAGGGUUGGUGAAGAAGACUGCUAGGCUUCUAAAGAAGUUGAGAGUGCGCCAUCAGAUUGCCAGCAAGAUCCAGGAGAUCAAGAUUCGUGUGGAAGAGGUAAGCAAACGACGAAUGAGGUACAAGCUUGAUGACUACACCUCCAAGCCUAGUUAUGUUCCUGUUGAUCCACGUGUAUUGUCAAUCUAUGCGGAGGCUGCUGGCCUUGUGGGUAUGGAUAUCCCAACUGUUGAGCUUACUGCACUACUCAUGGGCCAAGAACAAGAGUUGACGGUGGCUUCUAUUGUUGGAUUUGGAGGCCUGGGCAAAACCACACUUGCUAAUCAAGUUUACCGCAAGCUUGAAGAGAAUUUUGAGUGCCGUGCAUUCGUAACAGUGUCUCAAAAACCUGACAUACCGAAGCUUCUCAAUAAAAUGCUAAUACAAAUUGGUGGCUGUGUCUCUCACACCAGCGAGUUGGAUGACGUUCUCAAGAAGAUCACAGAACAACUGCAGGAUAAAAGGUAUUUUAUUGUGAUUGAUGAUUUAUGGGAUUCCUCAGCCUGGAAAGUUAUCAAAUGUGCUUUCCCAGCAAAUAAUUGUGGUAGUAGAGUACUGACAACUACAAGGAUUUAUUCUAUUGCUUUUGCCUGUUGCUGUUAUAGCCAACAUUAUGUUUAUAACAUGAGGCCACUUGGUGAACAUGACUCAAGAAAACUAUUUUUUAGUAGAAUAUUUGGCUCCAGUGAUGCUUGCCUUGACGUAUUUGAAGAGUUUUCAGCUGAUAUUCUAAAAAGAUGUGGUGGUUUGCCACUCGCCAUUAUCAGUAUAGCUAGCCUUCUAGCUGGUCAAUCUAAGAUGGCAUGGGAGUAUGUAUGGAGUUCUCUGGGCUCCAUGUUCGAAGGGAAUCCUUGUCUAGAAGACAUGAAGCACAUACUGGACCUUAGCUACAGAAAUCUUCCUCACCAUCUUAAGACAUGCUUGUUAUAUCUUGGUAUGUAUCCAGAGGACUCUAUCAUUAAUAAGGAUGAUUUGGUGAGGCAAUGGAUAGCCGAAGGCUUCGUGAGUAGAAUCCAUGGGCUAGACGAAGAUGUUGUUGCUGGAAGCUACUUCAAUGAGUUAAUGAAUAUGAGCAUGAUUCAACCUGUGAACACAGACUACAACGGUGAGGUGCUGUCCUGCAAAGUACAUGAUAUAAUGCUUGAUCUAAUCAGAGUCAAGUCUGCAGAAGAGAACUUCUUUGAUAUAAUAGAUGAUCCUCAGGCCACAAUGUUAUCACACAAGGUCUGUCGAGCCUCCAUCCAAUACAAUGGUGCGGGGCAUCAUGUGGCACUAACAACAUUAAAUGGAUCACUCUGUCAGGUUCGAUCUGUGGUGGCUUUCACAAGGGUUUUGCUACCAUCAUUUCAGGAGUGCAAGUAUCUCCGAGUUCUGUUAGUUGAAUUUAAGGAAGCUCGGACACACAAAAUGGACCUUACCAGUAUUUGUGGAUUAUUUCUACUGAGAUAUUUAAAGAUUGUAACUGAUGGCGACUUAGAGCUUCCUAAUCAAUUUUGGGGUCUACAGUAUUUGGAUACUAUGGUUCUCGAGAGCCCAAUGAAAUUAUAUAUUCCAUCAGAUAUUGUUCGCUUGUGCCGGUUAUUACAUUUGAUUGUUCCAGGUGGUAUGGUUUUUCAGGAUGGGAUUGGCAGCUUGAAAUUCCUGCGUACCCUGCAGGAGUUUGAUUUCUCAAGAAGCUCGCUGGAAAGUUUUAAGUCUCUUGACAAGCUGACCAACUUAAGAGAUCUUCAACUCUACUAUGAUCGUUUAGACAUGGAUGACAUGACCAUGGAGGCCUUGCACACUUUGCUUGAAGGACUUCCCCACUGCAGCAACCUCAAGAGCUUUGUUAUCAACAGUCAUAUACGUUACUUUGAUUGGCUCGGCAAAUUGUCUGGUUUCCCGCGCCAUAUUCAACAGCUCCAUCUUUGGGGUCUCUGGUUUCCCAGGAUCCCCAAGUGGAUAGCUCAGCUCCAUGACCUCUACAACUUAGAGCUUGUGGUACGAGAGGUGGUGCCCAAGGAUGAUGGCAUUGGUAUUCUUGCAGCAUUGCCCUCCCUUGUACACCUCUGGUUGGUGAUCAAAGAAGAACCAGAGGAAACAGUUGUCAUCCCCAGCACAUUCGGCACUGUUGUGGCAUUUCCAGCCCUCAAGCACCUCAAGUUUUGCUGUCCUACACCACUUCUAGCCUUUGAAGCAGGGGCUCUGCCCAGGCUCCAGAACCUUGAGCUGCGGUUGACUGUGGCGGGAUGGGAAGAGGUUUUCAAUUGGUUGGAACCUGCUGGCAUCAACCACUUACCUGCUGGCAUCGAAAGGAUAUUUCUGUACUGUCAUCGCAACCUUGCCGACAAAGCUUCAUUCUCUUCAUUGAAGAGCCUGUUUCACACGCACCAUCCUGGUGUUGACUUGUGGUUGCCAAGCAGGAUAUAA